AUGUGGGACAACGUAGCAUUUUUCAAGACUGAUAGGCAUUCAGUGGAAAAUAUUAUGAAUACUAUUAUAACGAGAAGAUCGCUGCGGGAAGGUCCUCCAACAUUAUCUUUAUUUGAAGAUGAUCCAUCAGACAGAAAGUCAAGAUCUAACUUCAUGCUCCAGUAUAUCAGUAGUAAUGAAACUGUAUCUGAAUCGGGCAUCUCUUUCAAAUUGAUAUUCUAUCAAUCGCAAGUUUCCUACUUUUUUCUAAGAGGCAUACGAAAACCGAAAACAGGGUUCGCAUUUUAG